AUCGGGGCAUCCAGUCCUUUUCCGUGGAUGCCAAAAGGGAGCACUUAUACCAGUUCUGGCGGCAACACCUAGGGGGGCGCCCAGCCCUGCUGGUUGGUCCUAGCCUCGGCGGUGCUGCUGCUAUCGACCUGGCUGUGAAUCACCCUGAUGUGCCAGCAGGUCUCCUACUGUUGGACGCACAGGCGUUUCAGGAGGGCGUGGGUCCGCUCGCCGCCCUGCCAAAGUUCCUGGCCUAUGCUGGGGUUGCUCUGCUGAAGAGUGUCCAGCUGCGCAUGUCAGCCAUUAAAAUGGCAUUCCAUGACAAGUCCCAGUCCACUGAAGACGCAAUGAAUGUCGGCCGUCUGCACUGCCUGAUGCCUGACUGGGCCGACGCCAUGGUUGAUUUCAUGCGCUCGGGCGGUUACCACGUGUCCAAGAGAGUGGGCGAGGUAUCCCAGCCAUGCCUAGUGGUAUGGGGGAGCGAGGAUGAAAUUCUUGAGCCUAGCCUGGCAGAGCGUUUUAAGGAGGAGCUACCGGACUGCAGGGGGGUGGUGCAGCUGCAGGGGUGUGGGCACAUCCCCCAUGUGGAGAGGCCUGCUGACGUGGCACAGCUGAUUCUGGAGUUCUGCUCACAACUGCAGGCUGAGAGGGAGCGAGGCGGAGCAGAGGAAGAAAAGGGAUUUACUCUUCUGAUUGUUGUGGUCGCGAUGGUUGCGGAGCGAUUACUCAAGGCCAUACCUUGGGGAGCGAACCCGGAUUUGCAAGUGGAAGAGAGACUGGUGCCUUCUGGCUUCGAGGCAGAAAUGACAAAUGGUGAAGCAGAACGAAUGGAUGCGGGAUGCGACGAUUUCAGCAAGCAGUGGUCGCGAAGCAAGCGACGAAUAGCGUUGUUCGUGGAACCUUCGCCAUUCGCAUACGUAUGCGGUUACAAGACGCGGUUCCAGAACUUCAUUCGCCAAUUACGGGAUAUGGGCGACGAGGUGCUUGUGGUGACCACUCACAAGGGAGCUCCCAAGGAGUUCUUUGGAGCAAAAGUAAUACCUUCUCUAAGUUUCCCCUGCCCGUGGUACAUGAAUGUCCCUCUCGCGCUGGGAUUCAGCCCGCGGAUCGUUUCGGAAGUGGCCAAUUUUAAGCCUGACAUCAUCCACUCUACCUCUCCAGGAAUCAUGUGCUUUGGAGCCAUGGCAACUGCGAAGAUGACAAACACGCCCUUCAUGCUCUCGUAUCACACGCACGUCCCAGCGUACAUACCCAAGUACACUUUCCCAGGACUAGUGGAGCCCAUGUGGAAAGUUAUUCGCUUCUUGCAUCGAGGGGCGGACCAUGCCAUCACGACAUCGCAUGAGUUGGCAAAGGAACUCACAGAGCACAACGCCACAGGAGGAGGCAGCAGGCAGAUGGGCGUGUGGCCCAAGGCAGUGGAUUCUGCCAAGUUCAAUCCACGAUUUCGAGACCAGGAGACACGGAAGAUGCUCAGCGGGGGAGAGGUGGACAAGCCUCUCAUUGUGCACGUGGGGCGGCUAGGCGCUGAGAAGAACCUUCAUCUGCUCAAGCCCAUGCUGGAUAGGAUUCCAGGGGCACGCCUUGCUUUCAUUGGGGAUGGACCGCACAGGGGGGAGCUGGAGAAGCUGUUUGCUGGAACACCCACGGUCUUUGCCGGCAUGAAGCAAGGAGCCGACCUCUCCCGCGCAUUUGCAUCAGGAGACAUUUUCAUCACCCCUUCGGAGACAGAAACUCUGGGAAACGUGGUGUUAGAAGCAAUGGCAUCAGGCGUCCCUGUGGUUGCCGCCCGGGCAGGAGGAAUCCCAGAUAUCAUCAACAGAGAGGGGCAGAACGGGUUCCUGUUCACGCCAGGGGAUGUGGACGACGCGGUUGGCAAGCUUCGGCAGCUAGUGACGUCCAAGAAAACGCGAGAGGCGAUGGUUGAGGCGGGGUUGCGGGACGCGGAGGCGUGUGAUUGGAGGGCAAGCACUAGGAUAGUGAGGAAUGAGCACUAUGGGAAGGCGGUUUACUCGUUCAUUCGCAAGGGGCGGGUGAAUCUGAGGAGCAGGAAGCCGCUGGCUGUGGCUGCUCCCGCCUCGGUUUUCCCUCCCAGGCCGCGUGACCUACAGUGA